CUCAUGCCAUUCUCGGUACGUCAUAAAUCAAAUCAAACAAAAAGUGCUUCUCAUUCGAUAUCCAAAAGUCUAAGCAGCUCAAGAGAUAUCGCCUCACAAGUCUUUGACGAUGAAGAUGACGGUCCAUCUGCUACUGAGCCCAAAUUUCCCCUUCGACAUCAAGAAUUUAUUGAAGGCAGAAAUUAUCGCAAGAGCAAGAAACCCAACGAGCAGUUUCUACCUUGUGAUGAUGAAGAGAUUGAACGUCUACAGAUCAACCAUUUAAUGUUUAGGUCUUUGUUUGCUUCACCCUUUUUCUCACCUGUAGGUGAUUUAUUAAAGUCAGGCAUUCGAGUCCUGGAUGUAGGUGCUGGUCCUGCUUGGUGGCUCAUGGACAUGGCCAAAGAAUACCCUCAGUCCUAUUUUGUAGGUGUAGAUGUGAUGGUGUAUCCCAUUAGUCCACCUGUCAAUUGUCAUUUAAAGAUUCAUGAUAUUUCCAAAGGUUUACCUUUCCCAGAUAAUUCGUUUGACUUUGUUACUCAACACGACGCACUGUUUCGGUACUGUCAGAAAGAUUGGGAAACAAUCCUGCCUGAGAUAAUUCGUGUUGUGAAACCAGGUGGCUAUAUAGAGUUUGUGGAGCCAUCAGGUGUAGUGCAAGAUAUUGGACCCAAUAUGUCAAUUUGGAUGAUGCGAUUAACAGUCUCUUUACAGACACGAAGUAUUAAUCUGAAGAUUGCUUCUCAAUUACAGUCCAUGUUGGAAGCAUUUACAGAAAUUGAAUUGUUAGAGAGUUCACACCGAUCAGCGCCUAUAGGCUGGUAUGGAAAGACAGGUGAUAUCAUGCUUGAAUGUAUGGAACGACUGUUUGAUGCCAUUAAACCCAAAUUAUCUGAAGAUUGGUCAAUGAGUCCUGCAAAAUACGAUAAAAUGGCUCAGACAGCAUCUUCAGAAUGUAGAGAUUUUAGAAGUUGGGUCAAUAUUCAUUAUGCUUAUGCAAGAAAACAAAUACCAUCCUUAUCUUCAUCAUUAUCAUCUUAAUUUAAUAUUAAAAAAACAACUUUUUUUUUUCUAAU